AUCGAGUUUCCCCGUUUGUUCUGUGUCUUGACCAGCAGGCAACCCUAUAAUAAAACUUCCAUUCCACCCCCAUUUUUAUUUAUUUAUUUUCAAUUUCAAUUCAUUUCUUCCUCCUUAUUUGCUCCCAUGAUUACACACACUUAAUCGUUCAACUCUCCGAUUAAUUGACUCAUUCAGAUUAUUAUUUCAAUCUGUUACACCUUCUUCCGUAUUAGGUUGCAGGUGAUCAGCUGGACGAAAUACGAAUUUUACUUGCAAUUGUUACGUGAAGAUUGCGGUUUUUGUUGGUACUUAGGGUAUUUUGAUGAUGGCUUCUAGAGCUAUUUUGAGACGCAGGCGGUUUAUUUCUGAUUACCUCCAUGUUUCUGGUCGUUCGGUUCAAGGUCUGAGCCAUGGGGUUGGUACCAGAUACUCAGACUUACGCGAUUCGAGCUCUACUCCGAAUAACACUAUCGACAAAUUGGGCAACACAAAAUAUAUUGAUGCAGACUUAACAAGACGUGAUGACUUUACAAACUUAUCUGCACUGGGACUGUUCAGGACACAGAAGUUCCACACCAUUGCAGGAUAUGGAACAUCAGGAAAUACGUUACCCGUGAGGGUUAAAUUUGUAUCGCAGUCUUCAAGUUUUUCUACAGUGGCCUCAGCGCCUAAGCCAGCUACAGGUAAUGAUGAGGAGGAUAAAGAACCUACUAAGAGGAAGGAAGCGUCUCCGGAGGAAUGUGAUCAAGCUGUUGAAGGUUUGACCACUGCAAAGGCUAAAAUUAAAGCCAAAGCCAAACAGGUUACCGAAUCUCAGAAGCCCGCUAAUUCCAUUUUGAAAAAAACUUGGGCGAUGCUGUUGGGGAUCGGUCCGGCUUUAAGAGCGGUGGCUUCUAUGAGCAGGGAAGACUGGGCUAAGAAACUCGUUCACUGGAAAACUGAAUUUGUUGAUACGAUGAAGCAUUACUGGUUGGGUAUCAAACUUCUUGGCGUUGAUGUGAAAAUUAGUUCUAGAUUGCUUCUUAAGCUUGCUGGUGGGAAGAGUCUUUCUAGGAGAGAAAGACAACAACUGACACGAACCACUGCAGAUAUCUUUCGGCUAGUUCCUGUUGCCGUUUUCAUUAUUGUUCCGUUUAUGGAGUUUUUGCUACCUGUAUUCUUGAAACUGUUCCCCAAUAUGCUGCCUUCUACCUUUCAGGACAAGAUGAAAGAACAGGAAGCAUUAAAAAGGAAGCUAAAUGCAAGAAUAGAAUACGCAAAGUUUCUUCAGGAUACAGUUAAAGAGAUGGCCAAAGAGGUUCAAAAUACUAGGAGUGGUGAAAUCAAGAAAACGGCAGAAGAUCUUGAUGAUUUUUUGAGCAAGGUCAGAACAGGUGGUUCUGUUGCUAACGACGAAAUUUUGGGAUUUGCAAAGUUGUUCAAUGACGAACUUACCCUCGAUAAUAUCAGCAGGCCGCGUUUAGUAAACAUGUGCAAGUAUAUGGGUAUCCAACCUUACGGAACAGACACUUACUUGCGAUACAUGCUGCGCAAAAGAUUACAAUGGAUAAAGAAUGAUGACAGGAUGAUUCAAGCAGAGGGUGGUGUGGAUGCUCUUUCUGAAGAUGAACUUCGUGAAGAUUGUAGAGAGCGAGGCAUGCUUGGGUUACUUUCAGUGGAGGAAAUGCGUCAGCAGCUUCGUGAUUGGUUGGAUUUAUCUCUUAAUCACUCUGUUCCAUCUUCGCUCUUGAUUCUUUCCAGAGCCUUUACUGUGUCUGGAAAGUUGAAGCCUGAGGAAGUUGUAAGAGCCACACUGUCUUCAUUGCCAGAUGAAGUUGUAGACACUGUUGGUGUUACGGCCUUGUCAUCUGAGGAUUCUGUUUCAGAGAGAAGGAGAAAGUUGGAGUUCCUUGAAAUGCAGGAGGAACUCAUCAAGGAGGAGGAAGAAAAAGAGGAAGAAGAGCAAGCUAAGUUGAAGCAAUCAAGUGGAAGCAACAAGGAUGUGGCAUUAGAAGAGAUGAUUAAUGCAACAGCUUCAGAUGUGCAAGAACAGGCUAGAGCAAGAGCGCUAGAUAAACAAGAGCAGCUUUGUAAAGUCAGCGAAGCUUUGGCUGUUCUAGCUUCUGCAUCUUCUGUGAGUAGGGAGCGUGAAGAGUUUCUGAGACUCGUCAACAAGGAGAUAAAUUUGUAUCAUAGAAUGAUGGACAAAGAAGGCACUGACACCGUGAAGGCAUAUAAAGCUGCCCAUGAGGAAACCGAUAAUUCCACUGAUGAACAUGUAGCUGAUGGAGUCUCUUCAGCACUCAUAAAUAGGGUUGAUGCUAUGCUCCAAAAACUUGAGAAAGAAAUUGAUGAUGUGGAUGCAAAGAUUGGUGAUCGUUGGCGAGUGCUUGACAGGGAUUAUGAUGGAAAAGUUACUCCUGAAGAAGUUGCAUCUGCAGCCAUUUACUUGAAGGAUACUUUAGGCAAGGAAGGGGUUCUAGAGCUUAUCAGCAACCUUUCCAAAGAUAAGGAGGGGAAAAUUCUCGUGGAAGACAUAGUGAAGCUGGGGAGCCGAGCAGAAGAAGACGCUGAAUGAUUUUAAGCAAACUUUAGAUGAUGGCAUUGUUCCGUUAUUACUUGGAACCCGCAAAUCAUCAUCUUUGAAUUUUUGCAUAUUGUAGAGGGUCCAGAUUCGACUAUUAUACGCUAUUCGUUAUACUUUCUAGGCAUUGAAGCGUUACAUUGGCAAUUUUUGUGCGGUCUAACGCCAAAUCGAGUGACCAAAUUUUGUUCUAGUGCUGUAAAAAUUAGUGGAUUCCAAACAUAUAUGUACGCAGGAAGCGGAUUGACAACUAGCAAAUGGGUUGAACCCGUCAAAAGUGAAAUAAAGCGUUGGUUUA